AUGGCGACGACCCAGCAGAACUUCAUACUCACCUCGGAUCCGCUGUCCCUGGAUAGGAUCAGAUCGAUAUUGACGCGUCUCGAGGACACCAUCAUCUUCUCGCUUAUCGAGCGCGCCCAGUUCGCCCACAAUCCCAAGAUCUACCGUCGGGGCGAGUUCGAGGAGCUGCGGGACAAGACAGGGUUCACCGGCAGUUGGCUCGAAUGGUUUCUGAAAGAGACAGAGACGUUCCACGCCAAAGCGCGAAGAUACACGAGCCCGGAUGAAUAUCCGUUCACAAAUCCUGCCGAGCUCCCCGCACCCAUUCUCGGGCCUCUCAAGCUCCCUCAGAUACUCUACCCCAACAAGAUCAACGUCAAUCCGUCCAUCCUCAGUUUCUACACUCGCUCCAUCGUCCCCCGCAUCACACAACAAGCCACCCUAGCGCUUGCAACGGCGAAACGGGCCAAUGGAAUUCUCGGGGACGAGGAGUACGAAGACGACGGCAACUACGGCAGCGCGGCCACACUCGAUCUCGAGGUGCUGCAAGCGAUCAGCAAACGCGUGCAUUAUGGCAAAUUCGUCUCUGAGUCCAAGUUCAGAGACGAUCCCGCCGCGUUCAUCCCACAUAUUCUAGACCCCAAUCGUCAUGCGCUCGAUGCGUUGAUCACGAAGCCCGAGGUCGAGCGCAAACUGCUGCAGCGUCUCCGCAAGAAGGCGGAAUUAUACGCUUUGAACUUCGCACCCGACGGCGCGCUCAUCGACGAUGCGUCUAAGCGGAAGAUAGACGUCGACGGUGUUGUCGAGUUGUAUGAACACUUCAUCAUCCCAUUGACGAAAGAAAUCGAGGUCGACUACUUGCUCGUCCGCCUUGAGGGUCUGUCGAAAGAACAAAUCGACGAGAUGGCGGCGAAGAAACCUUGA